CCGGUUUAGUGCGGAUUUUGCAAGUGCCUAUUUUUUGCAAUUCAUCGACUUAGCUAUUGCCCUUCCAUAUUUAUACCGCUUUAGGUGGAUCAAAAAUUACUUACCUAAAAAAAGAUCAUUUCUAAAAGGGUUUAGAUUACACAAUUUAAUAGAAAAAUGAGUGCUGGUCCUGGUGUACAGCCCGUAGCGACAUUCAAGCUUGUUCUAGUUGGUGACGGUGGUACAGGCAAGACCACAUUUGUCAAGCGCCAUUUGACUGGUGAAUUUGAGAAAAAAUAUGUUGCAACACUUGGUGUUGAAGUCCACCCACUUGUGUUCUACACAAACAGAGGGCCUAUUAGGUUCAAUGUUUGGGACACUGCUGGCCAGGAAAAGUUUGGAGGAUUACGAGAUGGCUACUAUAUCCAGGGACAGUGCGCAAUCAUUAUGUUUGAUGUCACAUCAAGAGUAACAUAUAAGAAUGUUCCUAACUGGCAUCGCGAUUUAAUAAGAGUAUGCGAGAAUAUUCCCAUCGUGUUGUGUGGUAACAAGGUGGAUAUUAAAGACAGGAAAGUCAAAGCAAAAAGUAUCACAUUUCACAGAAAGAAGAACCUCCAGUACUAUGAUAUCAGUGCCAAAAGUAACUACAACUUUGAAAAGCCAUUUUUGUGGCUACUGCGAAAACUUGUUGGCGACUCCAACCUUGAGCUUGUUGAAAUGCCUGCUCUUGAACCACCAGAGGUUACCAUGGAUCCCAGCCUUGCGCAAAAAUAUGAAGCAGAUCUGAAAGAAGCACAGAAUACUGCACUGCCUGAAGAGGAUGAUGAAGACAUCUAAUUUACUACUGAAACAGGUAGCGUGAGAAUUUGAUUCAAUCGAGCACACGUAUAACGUCACACUCCUAAGAUGAAAUAACUAUUGAUUUCAAAGGAAUUAUGUUUGUUCAGGUUUGUUCUUUAUAUAUUGUUGGUAAAAAACAAAAGGCAGACCUGCAUAGCAAGCAAACUUGAUUCCUUUCAUUAAACUAAAUUGAUUCAGAUCCAAUAAAUCUCAGGAAUUUGAAUAUGUGAGCUUAGGAAUGUGAAGUCAAACAAGUGUGUUUUCUCAAACUCUCACUCUGCCUUUUCUGGUAGUACUAAACAAGAACUGUUACUAUUAGACAUCUUGUAAAAUUAGCAUAAAAGACUGUAUUCAACACUAUAUUACACAAUCAGUUCCUUUCUGCAAAAGUCCUUCAUCAACACAAGUUUAUCAGGAAAACUGCUAGAAAUGGCUUUAGAGUUACUGUAGGUUUAUGAUAGUAAUUUCAAAAUUGCUUUAAUUUCAUUGUGAAAUGUAAAAAGUAGUAAUAUAUGAAGAAUACUUAGAUUUUGGAACUAUGCAGAAGUCGAUUUAGGAAAGAAACAUUUUGUGUUCUAGAUGAAGCUACAGUAUUUACAAUGUUUUUUCUACAAAUAUAAUUAUCUCUCUAAA